UUCAGCAUAUAUAAUAUAUAUUCAAUUAAAGACUACAGCUAGAAAUGUCUCGAAGAUAUGAUACUCGUACUACCAUUUUUUCUCCAGAGGGUCGUCUUUUUCAAGUUGAAUAUGCUAUGGAAGCAAUUAGUCAUGCAGGCACCUGUCUUGGUAUUCUUGCUACAGAUGGGGUUGUACUAGCAGCAGAGCGACGAAACACAAACAAAUUACUUGAUGAUGUACUCUCAGACAAGAUAUACAAAUUAGACGAAAACACUGUGUGUAGUGUUGCAGGCAUUACCUCUGAUGCCAAUGUUUUGACAGCACAACUAAGACUUACAGCUCAAAGAUAUUUAUUACUCUAUCAAGAAGCCAUGCCAGUUGAACAGUUAGUUAGCAGUUUAUGUGAUCUCAAACAAAGAUACACACAAGUUGGGGGUUUUCGUCCAUUUGGUGUAUCACUACUUUAUAUUGGUUGGGACAGUCGUCUUGGGUUUCAGUUAUACCAAAGCGAUCCCAGUGGGAAUUAUUCAGGCUGGAAAGCCACUUGUAUAGGAAACAAUAGUGUCGCUGCAAUUUCCAUGUUAAAGCAAGACUAUAAUGAAGAUGGUAUGAAUCUUGAAGAAGCUUUACAAUUAGCAGUAAAAGUUUUGGGGAAAACUUUAGAUGUUCAAAAGCUUACUUCUGAAAAAGUUGAGAUUGCUCAUUUGACUCGCAAAAAUGGUCAAACUAAAAUUCAUAUACUAAGUAGCGACGAAAUCAAUAUUCUUUUGCAACGCCAUGAGGAGGAGCAAAAAAAGCUAGAAGAUGAAAAAAUGAAAUUAGAAAAACAAAAAGCAACAAAAAAAUAAACUUAAGCAACUAUUUUCUGUUUCUAAUGUUGUUUGCAUUGUUUAUCAUGUCGACUAAUGAUUGUCUCAAAUCCUUGCUUAGUUUGUUUACUAAGAUAAAGUUAUAUCAUUGGUUUAUUUACUGAAGAUAAUGUAUCAUUGGUUUGCUUACUAAAUAAAAUAAAAAUGUAGUCUUUAUGAAAAAAAAAGUUUCAAAGAA